GCCGUCCCCGACCUCUCCUCAUCGCCGCCCACGACGACGAGCACACGCGCACGCCCUACAUCAUCCCGGAGCACCGCGCUCAUCACGUUGAACCGCCCCACGUCUCCCCGGCGCGAGGCCGCCACCCGCCGGACCCGCCGGACAAACAGACCGUGACCACGGACACCACCUGCACCCCCCUGGCCUCGCCCCCGCCUAACUUCAUCCUGCUCUCCGCCAAGUCAUGUCCAAGCUCACGCCGUACCAGCCACCACCACCCGUGCGCUCUGCUCUUUUGAAACACCCACCAGAGGGCGUGCCCCCGACGGACGAGCUUGAGGCGCUCCACGCCGAGCUCACCCAGCUCCGGACGCGCUCUCUCGAGCGAGUUAAGAAGGCUGGAGAGGACCUCCGCACUCUCGAGGAGUCCAUGCGCCGCAUCAAGGAGCGCGAGAAGGGAAAGCUGCGCGCCGAGAAGCUCAGGCGCGAACGCGCAUCUCUCGAUGUAGACGAAGUCGACUACUCGCGGGCGAACAGUGGCCACGCCAAAUCCCGCGCACCCUCAAUACCCCUCUCCGUAGCCAACUCGGCACGAUCGUCUCAGGACCCUCGUAAACCAUUACUGGACGAUAGCAAGAAGAACAAGAAGAAGAAGCGCCCACGAGAGGACGUCAGUGAUGCAGAGUCAGACAUGAGCUCCAUCAAAACCGUCCCUCAUCGACCACAUAUACUCCCAUCCCUCCCGAAACCGACCAAAUCCCUCCCCUCAAUAUCCAACCUCGCCAAGACCUCUUUCCAACCCGACUUCUCCAUUCCCCCACCAACCUCGCUCAUCACCCCGCGUCCGCCCAUCCCGCCAGCGCCCAUCGCAGGCCCCUCGAAGCCCAUCGAAGUCACCGAGGACUUCAGCAAGCUCAAGCAGCCCUCGCAGGUGCUCGUCUCGACGUUCUACACCUCCAUCGAGCCGUGGAUACGCCCCGUGCGCGAGGAAGACGUCGGCUUUCUCGAGUUCACCGCGGACGAGGUCGAGCCGUUCGUCGUGCCCCCGCUGGGCAAGCACUAUUCGGAGCAGUGGGAGGAGGCGGACAUCGCUGCAUAUGGCGGGCCGAUGCCGGGGUUUCAGCCGAGCGUGGUGCGGAGCGGGCAGGGACAGGGACAGGGCGUGGCGAGCGGGAGCGGGAGUGGCGCUGGUGCGGGCGGUGGGGAGGGAGCGGGAUCGAGCGGGGGAGGGCUUACCGUUGGCGGCGAGGGCACGAGUGCGGGUGCAGCUGGGCAUCCACCACCUGUGAAAUGGGAUCCUUCGACACUCAGCGAAUCCGACCUGCUCGGGGAAGAGCGCGCACAUGGGCCGCUGACGGAGCGCCUCGUGAGCGCGCUGCUCCAGGUGAACGAUCCAUCGGGCUGGAAGGGCGUCAAGGCCGCCGAGGACGCGAUGGAGGGCCGCCCAGGUGGGACAGGCGCGGCCGCAAGCAAGCGCGAGAAGGUGAACGUGGCAGAUCUGGAGGAGCGAAUUCAGGAUACGAUGCGAUUUCACGGGCUGUUGAAGGAGCCGCCGGACUACACCCAAAAAGUCGACGACCCGAUCGCGACCGCGCUCCGGCACAUGCAGCACGAGCUCCGCGGUGUCGUCGCGCUCAACAAGGCGCGCAAGGCGCGUCUCGCGGCAAUCGCCAAGGACCGGGUGGCGUACCAGGAAUACGUCGACAACCGCGACGCAGUCGACCGCGCGAUUACGACGCUGUACACGCGCCUGCAGAAGAAGGAGGCGCCCAAGGCGGCCAAGAAGCGCAAGAAGGGCGAUCCGAACGGCGUCUCCACUUCCUCUGCAGCGUCGUCCUCGGGGAAUGGGAACGGGAACGGAGGGGCGAGCGCGAUCAGCGCGCUCGCGCCGAGUCCUGCGGCGCUGGGUCUGGGACCGGACGAGGAUAAUAACUUGGCUGUGAACGAUCAGCUGAAGGCGCUCGUUGAUUCGCGGACGCAGUAUGGUAUGCUGGUGGGCGACUUUUUUGAAGAGAAGGAGAGGGAGUGUCCGGGGAGGAUAUACGGGCUGCCGAAGCGGAGCGUGUUCGAGGGUGUGCAGGAAGAGGUGGAGAGAAAGCUUAGCGGCGGUGUGCCGAUGGAUGUGGAUGGUGGUGGUGGUGGUGGGGCUGGAGAUGCGCUGCCAGGAGGACUAGGAGCGCUGUUGGCGCCGUCUAGGAGGGAGAUUGGGGAUCAGAUGGAUGUGGGAUAGCGGGUUUGUGAGGGUCUGGACGUGUUUGCGUUAUCCUUAUUCGUUGCUCACAUCCGCAGGCUCUCUCGGCUUGUACUUACACUGUUACCACUACUAUCGCCAUGGUGUUCGCGUUGUGCUGUUGUUCACCCGCUUUUCUUUUUUUCAAUUCUAAUGCCUGUACCACCGGUGGACUCUUCACUCGUUCGCGCUAUUAUACCCUUUAGUUCGUGGCAAAAACGCGUUGUAUAAGUGAUAUUGCACACGAUAUGAAGCAAGUAGCACCAGAGAAAUCUGUUACCCCGCCGUCUUAGCCUUCUUCGUCUUUUUCGGCGCCUCUCCCGCCUCUCCCUUCUCCCCUUUCCGUUUCUUCGCCUUGUCCUUCUCCUCUUUGGACUUUUUGACCUUUGCGGGUGCCAGCUCGUCCACCUCCAUCCCGUCUCCUUCCUGCGCUUCGUCUGUGUCUGCGAUGUUGGGCUCGCGCGCACCGAGCGGCGUGAACCGGUGCUUGAGCACAUCAGGCGGAUAUGAGGGCCGCGGCGGGUUUUGCUGCAGGAUCUGCACGGGCGAGGACGGCGCGGGUGCGGCGGUGAUGACGAGGUGGCGGGCGA